UGUGAAGUCUCAAAGCAAACAAUUUCAAGAUUCCCAAAAAAAAUAAUUUUUAAAAAAAUCCUUCUCCUUCUUUUUCGAUCUCUUCAAUGGCGACAGGGAAAAGCUACUACGCGAGACCAAGCUACCGCUUCCUCGCCACCGAUCAGCCCUACCACGCCGCCGAUUCCGGAUUCGAAUUCGAAGAAUCCGAUCUGUACUUCGCCGGAUCCGACCUCUCAGACUCGCCGGAGCUCCGACGGAAGCUCUACACCUCCGGAAAAAUACCGUCAACUCGUUCUUCGUCGGCGGCGGUGACGGUUACCGGUUCGGCGUCGUCGCUCCCGGUGAACGUGCCGGACUGGUCGAAGAUCCUGCGAGAGGACAACCGCCGGAGAAUCAGAGAUUACGACGACGGAGACGGCGUAGAUUGGUCGGAAUCCGGAGGAGGACGCUUGCCGCCGCACGAGUUCCUGGCGAGGACGAGGAUGGCGUCGUCGUCGGUGCACGAAGGUGUGGGUAGGACAUUGAAAGGGAGGGAUCUUAGUAGGAUCAGAAAUGCAAUUUUUGAAAAAAUAGGGUUCCAGGAUUAAUAUUUCUUAAAUUUGAAGCCCCUCUUUUGAUUUUUGUUUUCCUUUCUCAUGUUACAAAUAACUGUUGGGGAUGAGGCGUGUAUAUUUUCCGAAUCACCCUACUUUUUUUUAUUAUUUUCAGAAAAUAUUACCAUGUAUUUCUUUUUGACGCGAGGUUGUAUCCUAAUUCACGUAUGAGAAAUAUAUAUAACUUAAAUUUACGUAA